AAAUCCGACUCUAGCUAUUGAUCCUGUCUACUUUAAGAAAACCUAGCGUAAUUACCUCCAGGAACAUUUAUAGAUUAAAAUAAGCAUCCAUUCCACGAACUAGAUAGACAAUAUCCAAUUAAAAAAAAAAAAAUUGUAAGCAUGAGCCUGCAUAUAUGUGUUGAACUAUAUAAAUAGGUGUUACUUGUUUCUUUUUUCCAUAAUGAGAGGACAAACAUAUAAGCGCUUAAAUUUCACAAAAUAUACACAUAAAAUGUCUUGUUCUUAGUGAUUACCUAAGACUAGGGGAAGAUUGAUACAAAAUGUGGAGGCUGAGAAUUGCAGCUGAAGCUGAAGACAAGACUCACUUGUUCACAACCAACAAUUAUGCCGGUAGGCAGAUUUGGGAGUUUGAUGCAAAUACAUGCUCUCCUGAGGAACUCGCUGAGGUCAAUAAGGUUCGACAGAAUUUCUCUAGCAACCCGUCUCGUUUCAAGCCUAGUGCUGAUCUACUUUGGCGCAUGCAGUUUUUAAGGGAGAAGAAAUUCGAGCAGAAGAUUCCGCGAGUGAUAAUAGAGGAUGCACAGAAGAUAACGUAUGAAGACGCCAAGACAGCACUUAGAAGAGGGAUACUUUAUUUUGCGGCCUUGCAGGCUGAUGAUGGACAUUGGCCUGCUGAAAAUUCUGGCUCCUUGUUCUUCGAAGCUCCCUUUGUCAUAAGCUUGUACAUCACUGGGCACUUGGAUAAAAUCUUCUCAUUGGAGCAUCGUAAAGAGCUACUGCGUUACUUGUACAACCAUCAGAACGAUGACGGUGGAUGGGGAAUACAUGUGGAAAGCCAAAGUGUCAUGUUCUGUACGGUCAUCAACUACAUCUGUCUAAGAAUUUUUGGGAUAGAACCUGACCAUGAUGGUCAAGAAAGUGUUUGUGCAAGAGCUCGAAAGUGGAUCCUCGACCACGGCGGUGCCACCUAUACGCCUUUGAUCGGAAAGAUUUGGCUUUCGGUUCUUGGAGUGUAUGAUUGGUCUGGUUGCAAACCGAUACCGCCUGAGUUUUGGAUGCUCCCUGGUUCUUCUCCCAUCAAUGCAGGUACUCUAUGGAUUUAUUUCCGGGACAUCUUCAUGGCCUUGUCAUACUUGUAUGGCAAAAAAUUUGUUGCUAGCCCGACACCUCUAAUUGCGCAGCUCCGUGAAGAGCUUUAUCCUCAGCCUUACAACAAAAUCAAUUGGAGCCAAGCUCGUCAACUAUGCGCAAAGGAAGAUCUAUACUAUCCACAAUCAUUUGUGCAAGACUUGUUUUGGAAAAGUGUUUACAUGUUCUCAGAAAAUGUUUUAAACCAAUGGCCUUUCAACAAACUCAUAAGACAAAGAGCUCUCCGAAAAGCAAUGGAACUCAUUCACUACCAUGACGAAGCCACCCGUUACAUUACUGGUGGAUGUGUGCAAAAGCCGUUUCAUAUGCUCGCUUGUUGGGUAGAAGACCCCGACGGUGAUUAUUUUAAGAAACAUCUUGCUCGAGUACCCGAUUACAUAUGGGUUGGGGAGGAUGGUUUGAAAAUCCAGUCUUUUGGUAGCCAGUUAUGGGAUACAUCCCUAUCGCUCCAAGUCAUGUUAGCUGCUGUUGCUGAUGUUGAUGAUGAGGUUAUUAGAUCGACUUUGGUGAAGGGAUACAAAUUCUUGGAGAAAUCUCAGCUUACACAAAAUCCUCCUGGUGACCAUAUGAAAAUGUUCCGACACAUUACAAAAGGUGGAUGGACUUUUUCAGACCAAGAUCAAGGAUGGCCUGUUUCUGAUUGCACUGCUGAGAGUUUAGAGUGCUGCUUAAUCUUUGAAAGCAUGUCGUCUGAGAUCAUUGGUGAAAAAAUGGAUAUAGAGAGACUCUAUGAUGCUGUCAAUUUUCUUCUCUAUUUGCAGAGCAAAAAUGGAGGUAUUUCAGCUUGGGAGCCAGCCCUUGGGAAAACGUGGCUAGAGUGGCUCAGUCCAGUAGAGUUUAUGGAAAACACAACCAUCGAGCAUGAGUAUGUAGAAUGCACGGGUUCAGCGAUAAUAGCAUUAGCUAGGUUCAAGCAACAAUUUCCAAGGCAUAGAACAGAAGAAGUUGAAAGAUUUAUAACAAAGGGAGUGAAAUACAUAGAAAGCUUUCAAAUGCCGGAUGGUUCAUGGUAUGGCAACUAUGGAGUGUGUUUCAUGUAUGGAACUUUUUUUGCGGUAAGAGGUCUAGUGGCAGCAGGCAAGACUUAUUGUAAUAGUGAGCCGAUUCAUAGAGCGGUUCAGUUCCUUCUCGAGACACAAAACAUUGAAGGCGGUUGGGGUGAGAGUUAUCUCUCUUGCCCCAACAAAAAAUAUACUCCUUUAGAAGGAAACAAAACCAAUGUGGUGAAUACAUCACAAGCACUGAUGGGUCUAAUUAUGGGUGGUCAGAUGAAGAGAGACCCUUUGCCGGUUCAUCGUGCUGCGAAAGUGUUGAUAAAUUCGCAGUUGGAUAAUGGCGAUUUUCCACAAGAGGAAAUAAGAGGAGUGUUUAAGAUGAAUGUGCUGCUACAUUAUCCAACAUAUAGGAACAUGUUCACUCUCUGGGCACUCACAUAUUAUACUCAAGCUCUGCGUCUGUAAGGGUUUGGUCACAUUUGCAUCUUAUCAUCACCACUAUUUUACUAUGUAUAAGCCUCUUUAAUUAGCUUUCCAAUGUAUAAUAAGCAUCUUCAGUUUUAUUCACAUGAUAAUAAGAUGAAAGUUUUUCUUUGGAUCA